AUGACUGCCACCAAACAAGAGAAGCGCACCGUUCUCGUUACUGGGUGCUCAGACAAUGGUCUCGGGACCGCUCUGGCCAUAGCCUUUCACGAUGCCGGGUACCACGUCUACGCAACGGCCCGGACCGUGACCAAGAUGCAGCAGUGCGCCGCCCACGGCAUCCAGACACUAGCGCUAGACAUACAAUCUGAGUCAUCCCUCGCCGAGUGUGUGGCCCAGGUGGGGGAUCGCCUCGACAUCUUGGUCAACAAUGCCGGCGCCAUGAUGACCAUGCCCGUGUCCGACACGGCAAUUUCUCAGGCCAAGGAGGUCUUUGAUGUCAAUGUCUGGGGCACGCUGGCCGCAAUACAGGCCUUUCUGCCCCUGCUGAUCAAGUCCAAGGGCAUCAUUGUCAACAACACGUCCAUCAGCUCCACCUUGGUGAUCCCGUACGGCGGCGCCUAUGGAGCCUCCAAGGCGGCGCUGGCCAUGUUUUCCGACAUGCUGCGGGUCGAGAUCGCCGCAUUUGGCGUCCGGGUUGUCGAUCUCAAGACGGGCGUUGUGGGCCCAACCAACCUGGGCAAAAACGAGCGCUCCACCCCUGUCUUGCCCGAGGGCUCCAUUUACGCGCCGGCCAAGGACCUGGUGGAGAAGGGUCUCCGCCGGGAAGACUUUGAGGAGACCGGUAUGCCCCCGGCCGCGUGGGCUCGGAAGAUUGUGCAGGACCUCGAGAAGAAGUCGCCGCCAUCGCUGAUCUGGCGAGGACAAUCGGCCUUGCUUGCAUGGGUGGUCACCCUCUUGCCGCACGGUCUCCUUGACGGCGUGAUAAAGAAGGCGACUCAUUUCGCCGAGGUUGAAGAGGUCAUUAAAAAGCGAUAUGGAAAUUAA